AUGAAUAUGGAUAUGAAACAUUCAGUCGUUCAAUUAAUGGAUUUAUCUGACGAAAUACUUCUGAUUAUUUUUGAGGAAUUGGAUAAUGUUGAAAUGCUCAAUUCUUUAAUGGGUACUAACACACGACUUGAUAGAGUUCUACGACAUCCAAUUUUUACUAGUCAUUUAACGUUAAUGAAAUCGUCAUCAAAUGGACUUUCCCAUCCAUUGGAUGAUAUUAUGGUUGAUCGAUUUUGUUCUCAAAUAUUGCCUCAAAUUCAUCAUAAUAUCAAAUGGCUCAAUCUCGAAUCAUUAUCUAUGGAGCGUGUUCUUCUUGUGUCUGAUUAUCCUAAUUUAUUUGGAUUGGGUCUUUACGAAAUUAAUUAUGAUGCCGCUCUACGUCACUUUAGUGGUAUUGAUAUUGAACGUUUGAAUGUUUCUAUACCUACCAAUUUUUCUUCUUCAACUCUGGUGGAAUUGCAUAUAAAUGUGGCUCGUUUCGGCGAUUGUCUUUAUUUACUCGAUGGUCGUUUCAAUCAACUUCGUUCAUUUUAUGUUAGAAUUUGUAUAAUUUCCAGCCAUCUAAUUUAUCCAUCGUCAAUAACUGAUAAUAAAGUAGGUUACUUCGGAAAAAAACAAAUAUUUGUUUUAUCGAAAUAG